AUGAAACCCACUAUAAUAGCUCUUCAAUUGGCAGAUAAAUCUAUAAGGCUGACAUAUGAGGUAGUUGAGAAUUUUUUGGUGAAGGUCGGCAAGUUCUUCCUCCCAGCAAUCUUCGCGAUUCUUGAUAUAGAGGAAGAUGAAAAUUUCUCCAUCAUUCUAGGUAGACGGUUCUUAGCCACUGGAAGAUCUCUCAUUGAUUUGGAAAAAGGGAAACUAAUAUUGAGAGUGCAUGAUGAGCAGUUUGUCUUUCAUGUCUUCAAGGCCACAUAUAACUCAAAUAAAGGGGAAAGUCGCAUGAAAACUGAGCCGCCUGAUCAAUUCCUCCAAGAACCACCUGAUGACAGAAAAUAA